AUAAGCCGACUAUUGAGGAGCAAAUAGGGCGUGCCCAAAGGUGAGCUCCAGCUGUUAGAAGGAAGGAAUUAAAAAAGAAAUUAGAGGUGGCUUUGUUCAUAAGGCCUUGUUUCCCCUCGCCGCCUAGUGCCUUGUCAGAUGAGAGAGUAUUCAAAAUUUACACUGUUUCUGUCUUAAAAGAUGAUCACAAACGUCAUGUAUCAAUGUUUUUUUUUACUAAUAAUUUUAUUUGACUAAAAAAUGUAUUAAACGUGUGCCAAGCUGGAGCCGCAAAAGGGCUUCUCUGGCCAAAAUCAAACAAAAACGCUCAAGAGUAUCCCCAAGACGUUCCGAACUUUAUAAAAAAAUUUUCUCAUAGCUCAGAGACUACUCCAUAGCCAUGUCGAAGGUGCAUAGGGGUGACGAGCUUGUACAACAAGCAGAAAAAACCAUGCAAGUAGGAUUCAUGUCCCGUAUCUUUGGCAGUAAAGCAGACAGAGCAAGGGAUGCGGCGGAAUUGUAUGAUAAAGCCGCGAAUGCCUAUAAACUCGAUAAAACAUGGGAUAGAGCUGGCAGGGCCUUUCUAUCCGCCGCGGAGCAUUACAUCAUAUCAGAUGAUAAACCAGAAGCAGCCUAUCGAUUUGAAAAUGCUGCUACUGCCUUCAAAAAGAUUGAUCACGGAGCCGCCAUCAAUGCCCUCAAUAAGGCUAUAGUAAUCUACCGAGAAAUGGGGAGAUUCAAUACGGCUGCACGACUCGAAAAGGAGAUUGGUGAAACCUAUGAAAACGAUGAUGAGAGCGCUCUUGCAGUUGAACACUACAAAUUAGCAGCAGAUUAUUAUGAGGGCGAGGGACAAAACACGAACCGUGACAAUUGCUUGCUCAAAGCCGCCCACAUCUCCGCGCUUUUAGGGCACUACAAUGAAACUAUCAAUAUCUUCGAAAGCAUCUCGUCCUCCUGUGCUAGUGACAACCUUCGUAAGUUUAGUAUUCGAGACUAUUUGCUCAAAGCCGGCUUGUGCCAUUUAAACACCGGGGAUACGGUUGCCGUGCGCCAAGCCCUGGAAAACUACACGUCAAUGUACUUCGAGUGGGGAAAUUCCAGGGAAUGCAAAUUGCUCACCGCUAUAUUGGACGCUGUGGAAGAUAACGACGAAGCAGCUUUUUCAAAGGCAGUUAGAGAAUUUGAUAACAUCUCGCAAUUGGAUAAAUGGAAGACGUCGAUGCUUCUCAGGAUCCAAGAGCGUAUCAAAAACCAGGAAUCCGAAAUUUUAUAG